UAGUUAGAGAAAGGAAAGCUAGCAGAUGGAAUGUGCAUAUACACUCACACAAAAAAAAUGAAUAUAGAAGUAAAGGUGGUAGAAAAAGACAAGCAUGACUAACAGAAUUCCCACAUGAUUAGACCUCUGUCUCUAGUUUAUUUACAAAGUGGAGUGCUGCUUUCACCUCUAUUUCGGAUUCUGCAUUACAAUCAGUCCACGUUCAUCUUCCUCACAUCCCUAUAUUAAAUAUAAAAUAUAUAUUUACACACACACACACACACACACCCUUUCUAAUUCUAUAUAUAUAUAUACCCCUCCAAUUAGAGCAAGCAAGAUUGAUUAAAGCUUACGUGACACAUAGAGAGAGAGAGAGAGAGAUGGAAUGGAAAAAAGGUUAUCUGGAUGUGAUACUGGUGCCAGUGGGGUUUAUGAUAUGCAUGGGAUAUCACGUGUGGCUUUGGCAUAAGGUGCGAACCCAACCUCUCUCUACCAUCAUCGGCACCAAUGCUCGUGGCCGCAGAUUUUGGGUCGCCGCCAUCAUGAAGGACAACGAGAAGAAGAACAUCCUGGCGGUGCAGACGCUGCGGAACACGAUAAUGGGGUCGACGCUGAUGGCGACGACGUCGAUCCUCCUCUGCUCGGGGCUGGCGGCGGUGAUCAGCAGCACGUACAGCAUCAAGAAGCCGCUGAACGACAGCGUUUACGGCGCCCACGGCGAGUUCAUGGUGGCGCUCAAGUACGUGACGCUCCUCCUCAUCUUCCUCUUCUCCUUCAUCUGCCACUCCCUCUCCAUCCGCUUCAACAACCAGGUCAACUUCCUCAUCAACUGCCCCCCCGACGACGCCGGCGUCCUCACCCCGGCCUACGUCGCCGAGCUGCUCGAGCGCGGCUUCGUGCUCAACACCGUCGGCAACCGCCUCUUCUACGCCGCGCUGCCGCUCAUGCUCUGGAUCUUCGGCCCCGUGCUCGUCUUCCUCUGCUCCGUCACCAUGGUCUCCGUGCUCUAUAAUCUCGACGUCGUGCUCACGCCGGAGGAGAAGAGGAAGGCCGCCGUCGAUGAUGAUGAUGAUGAUCAGAAUGAUGGGCAUCGGUGUGGAGCUGUGUGAAUUUACUUUCAUGUAUUAAUUGAUUCAUAUUAAUCAAGAUUUACUUGUGCGUGCUAAA